CUUUUUUCAUUCAUUAGAAAAGGUUUGAAUACAUUAGAAAACCAUUAGAAAACCAUUAGUAAACAAGGGUUUAUUUUUGUUAUGUUUAUUUUGCAGUGAUCUUAAUGAUGGGUAUUUCAAAAUUUACCGCAGUAAUUUGUUUUAUUGCCUUUGUUUGCUUGAUAAAGAAUGGCGUAGAAGGAUCUCACAAAAUAUAUCCAGAAUAUCAAAGCCUUUCAGCCAAAAUUGUCAAGCAAAUUCAUAGGACUGGAUAUCACUUUCAGCCUGCUAAGCAUUGGAUCAAUGAUCCAAAUGGGCCUAUGUACUACAAUGGAUUGUACCAUCUUUUCUACCAAUACAAUCCAAAAGGUGCAGUCUGGGGCAACAUUGUGUGGGCACAUUCUGUAUCAAAAGAUUUGAUCAACUGGGAAUCACUCGAGGCUGCAAUUUACCCUUCCAUACCGACCGAUAUCAAGGGAUGCUGGUCCGGAUCAGCCACCGUCCUACCCGACAAAACGCCCGUGAUCCUUUACACCGGCAUUGACAAAAAAGAGCAUCAAAUUCAAAACUAUGCCGUACCAAAAAAUUUAUCUGACCCGUAUCUCCGCGAGUGGAUCAAACCGAAAGAAUAUAACCCCGCGAUCAAUCCAGGUCCAAAAGUCAACGCUAGCGCCUUUCGCGAUCCAACUACGGCUUGGUUUGUAGACGGGUACUGGAAUCUAAUUGUGGGUUCAAAGUGGAAUAAAAGAGGAAUUGCUCAUCUAUAUAAAAGCAAAGAUUUUAAAACAUGGGUCAAAACUAAACGCCCACUUCACUCCAAUGCGAAAACCGGCAUGUGGGAGUGUCCGGAUUUCUUUCCGGUCGCAUUGUCCGGCCAAAACGGAUUGGAAACUUCCGUUAUUAAUAAAAAUGUGAAGCAUGUAUUGAAGGUUAGCUUGGAUUUGACAAGAUAUGAGUAUUACACUAUUGGUACUUAUGACAAGAAAAAGAAUAGAUAUCGUCCUGAUAAAGAUUUAAUCGAUGGUUGGGCUGGACUUAGAUAUGAUUAUGGAAACUAUUAUGCUUCUAAAACAUUUUUUGACCUAAGUAAGAACAGAAGAAUCUUGCUAGGUUGGUCUAAUGAAUCUGAUUCUACUCACCAAGAUAAAGAGAAAGGAUGGUCUGGAAUUCAAACCAUUCCAAGAAAAAUAUGGCUUGAUGGGAGUGGAAAACAAUUGAUUCAAUGGCCAGUUGAAGAGUUGGAAACUCUUAGAGGAAACAAGGUUCAAUUGGUUAAUCAAGAGAUCAAAAAGGGACAACAUAUUGAAGUUAAAGGCAUUACUGCUGCUCAGGCUGAUGUUGAUGUAGUCUUCUCAUUCAAAAGCUUAGAGAAAGCUGAACCAUUUAACCCUAAAUGGACGAAAAUUGAUGCACAAGAUGUUUGUGCUGCAAAAAGAUCAAAAUCUCAAGGUGGUGUUGGUCCAUUUGGCCUCUUGACAUUGGCCACUGAGCAUCUUGAAGAAUUCACUUCAGUCUUUUUUAGGGUUUUCAAAGAUGCAGAUAAAUUUAAAGUUCUCUUUUGCACUGAUCCAACAAGCUCUACCUUGGAACAUGACAAAAACAACAAAAUAUACAAACCAACUUUUGCUGGCUUUGUUGAUGUUAAUUUAGCCGAUAAGAAGCUUUCACUUAGAAGUUUGAUCGAUCAUUCUGUGAUAGAAAGUUUUGCAGCCGGAGGCAAAACUGUAAUCACGUCAAGAGUAUAUCCAACUAAAGCUAUUUUUGACCAUGCUCAUCUAUAUGCAUUCAACAACGGAUCUGAAACCGUGACUGUAGAAACUCUUAACGCUUGGAGCAUGAACAAACCCGUUAUGAACACGCCCGUCGAACACUAAGGAGGAGAACAUUAGGGUUUUCCAUCAAAAAUAAUAGGGGACUAUCUUGAAAGAAGAGUUUCUUGUUCACUAUUUUAAACAUCUUGUUAUAUGAUUCUUAAUAUUUUUUGCAUAGUAUGUAUACCCUUUAUUUGUUAUGGGGUACCUGAAUUAUUGUUUUCUUAAAAUUUGUUCAUUUAAGUAAUUGAUUUUGAGCAAGUAGAGCUUGUCUACUUGUUAAAGAAAUUAUUACUACUACAUUUAUUCAAUAAAUUGAGAGCAUCACCCUUGCAAUGCUA